AUGGAACAAAGGAACAAUGUAACUGAGUUUGUCCUCUUGGGGCUCACUCAGAGCAUCCAGGGUCAGAAAAUAUUAUUUGUCAUGUUCUUGCUUAUCUACAUUGUGACAAUGGUGGACAACCUACUCAUUGUCAUAACUGUGGUGUUCAGCCCAACCCUGGAUGCCCCUAUGUACUUCUUUCUUCGCUACUUGUCAUUAAUGGAUGCUGUCUAUUCUACUACAAUCACCCCAAACAUGAUUAUAGACUUACUGUGUGAGAAGAAAGCCAUCUCAUUCCGAGCUUGCAUGGGCCAACUUUUUAUGUGGCAUUUAUUUGGUGGUGCUGAUAUAUUCCUCCUGGUGGUCAUGGCCUAUGACCGCUAUGUGGCCAUCUACAAACCCUUGCAUUAUUUGACAGUCAUGAAUCGGCGAGCGUGUGUUCUGCUGCUGCUCUUGGCCUGGGCUGGUGGGUUUUUACAUGGUGUCCUACAUCCUCUCUUUGUUUACAACCUUCCCUUCUGUGGUCCCAAUGUCAUUGACCACUUCAUCUGUGACAUGUACCCCUUGUUAAAACUUGCCUGCACUGACACCCACAUUAUUGCCCUCACAGUGUUGGCCAAUGAUGGGGCAAUUUCUGUGGGCAUCUUUAUGGUCUUACUCAUCUCCUAUGGAGUGAUUGUGCACUCCCUGAAGAACAUUAGCCAGGAAGGGAGGCACAAAGCCUUAUCCACCUGUGGCUCCCACAUCACUGUGGUGGUCCUCUUCUUUGUGCCCUGCAUUUUUAUGUAUGUGAGACCUCCCUCUACUUUACCCAUUGAUAAAUCCUUGACUGUGUUUUAUACCAUUAUCACCCCUAUGUUGAACCCUCUAAUCUAUACUCUGAGAAAUGGUGAGAUGAAAACUGCCAUGAAAAAGCUCUGGACCAGAAAACAAACAUGA